UCCGAAGCUCUCUUUGUGGAGGUAAGUGCCCGCCACUCGCCACGGUAAAGCCGGGCAACGUGCAGGUGUGUGAUACCAGUCAGCGAGCUGCCGUGAUCCAGGACGGCCGCUUCUCCCGUCUUAUUAAGAGGACCUCAGGGAGGCCGAGAGCCUCGCGUAUCUAGACGGUGAAACGCGUUACCCGGAGCUGGAUAAACGUCGGCCGAAGGAGGAGCAGGAAAAUAGCCGGCGCCGAUCUUCUCUGUCUUUGUACGCCGCAGCGAGGAGCUGCAGGGAGGCAAAAACCAUCCGAGGGAAAUAAGCAAAAGGAAGAAGAAGGCGAAGAAGAAGGUCACUACCCUUCCGAGAGCGGCAAGGCCAGCGGUUAAUCGAAACCGCUCAAAAUGAGGUGGGUCUGGAGAUGGCCGCUGUUAUUAGUGGCCCUAGGGGUGAUGACGAGUGGACUUCCGGUUCCCGACGAAAACGUGGACACGUCAACGGAAGUUCUGGGUUCCAGCGUCGUCACAUCCGUAUCCGUAGUGAUGGGAGAUGGAAACAGCAGCGCUGAGAAAGGGUCUGAUAAAUCAGGCACCAAGAAGGUGACCAACGACCUCCCCGCUUCCACUGUCGACAUGCUGAAGCCCGACGGUUUCCAGUUUUACACCGUCGAUGAAAAGGGCCAGCUGAUCACCCGCCAAAUGACCGACUCCGAGAUACAGAGCAUCAUCGCUGCCGGGGGUGGGCCUUUUCCAAUUGAGACUCAAGACCCUGAGAAGGCCGAAGAAAACAUGACUGGAGAAAUGAAGGUUGCUGAUGUCGUUCAAAACGUGCAGAACGUGCUCAAGGAAGAGCUCAACAAGCCAGCGACGGUCAUGGGCACCGUGCCGACAAUACCUGGUCACGCGAACGACGAAUGGAGCAGCAUUCUACCCUCAAUAUUAGGAGGGGAGGCUGACUCAGCGCCCGUGACGGUAACAGAAGCCGAUAUGCCUGUGCUUCCCGUCCUUCCUGACCCAGAAACUAAGGUGAAUAUUAGCAUGGUUGUGAAGAAGCCUGAAACCCCGGAAGUCUCUGCGGUUGCCAGUCCUCAGGAAGAGAUUGCAAAGCCAUCAGAUGACAAGAAGCAGUCUCCUACUUCAUCUUUGACUUCUGAAGGUGCUACAAAACCUGUCAAGGAGGAUUCUACAUCGACCAAAAAACCAGAAGAGGAGAAAGAGCGCCACCCAGUCCAGCAGAAACCUUCAGAGAAACCGGAAGAAAACCCAGAAAGGCCCAUGAUCCCGGUACCCGUGAUAACGGCCGAUAGUAGCCACUCGACAAUGGAGGACCCGUCGACUACUGAGUCGAAGCCAGUGUACCAAAUACUGAACACGCUGUCUGCCGAUGAAGUGAAAAACGAAGCCGAAAAGACUGAAUCCAGUGCGGUUCCCGAGAAGGAAUCUGAAAUACCGAAAGAGGAACUGAAGAAGCCUGAAGUUCUUGAUGGACUACCUGCCGCUGAAACACCGAGCAUGACGACGCCGAAAACCAUCGAGAUGGAAGUCACGUCAAGCUUCGUCUCUGUACCACAAAAAGACUCUGAGAAACCAAUGACUGCUUCAGAUGUCAAAGUGGUUGAAGAAGUGGCAGAUUCUAAGCCGAUUAUCGCGCCUCAAGCAACACCCUCGAUCACUCUGGAAGCUCCGGCACCAGUCCCGGAAGCACCCGUAAAAAUUAUGGAGUCUGUUGAAAAACCUACGCAAGAUACACUUGUCAAGAUUACGGAGUUUGUCGAAAAACCUGAACAAAAUGUUCCAGUGAAAGUUGUGGAGUCUGUUGAAGAACCUACCCAAAAUAGUCCUCCAAAAAUUAUGGAGACUGUUGAACAGCCUGCUCAAAUUGUUCCCGUAAAAGUUAUGGACCCCGUUGGAAAACCUACGCAAGAUGUUCCCGUAAAAGUUAUGGACCCUGUUGAAGAACCUACGCAAGAUGUUCCAGUAAAAAUUAUGGAGCCUGUUGGAGAACCUGCACAAAAUGUUCCAGUAAAAAUAAUGGAGCCUGUUGAAAAACCUACGCAAGAUGCUCCUGUAAAAGUUAUGGAGUCUGCUGAACAACCUGCACAAGAUGUUCCAGUAAAAGUUAUGGAGCCUGUUGGAGAACCUGCACAAGAUGUUCCAGUAAAAAUUAUGGAGCCUGUUGAACAACCUACGCAAGAUGAUUCCGUAAAGGUUAUGGAGCCUGCUGAACAACCUGCACAAGAUGUUCCAGUAAAAAUUAUGGAGCCUGUUGAACAACCUACGCAAGAUGAUUCCGUAAAGGUUAUGGAGCCUGCUGAACAACCUGCACAAGAUGUUCCAGUAAAAAUUAUGGAGCCUGUUGAACAACCUACGCAAGAUGAUUCCGUAAAGGUUAUGGAACCUGCUGAACAACCUGCACAACAUGUUCCAGUAAAACUUAUGGAGCCUGUCGAAAAACCUACGCAAAAUGUUCCCGUAAAAAUUACAGAGCCCGCCGAGAAACCUGCACAAGAUGUUCCGGUAAAAAUUAUGGAGCCUGUUGAACAACCUGCACAAGAUGUUCCAGUAAAAGUUAUGGAACCUGCUGAAAAACCUGCACAGGAUAUUCCUGUUGAAGUUGCCAAGCCCGUUGAAAAGCCAUCAAUAGAGUCUCAUGACAAAGAGCCCUUUUCAACUCCUGAAGCAACAAUUUCAACUAUGACAGCAAUGACUAUGGAGCAAGAGAUGGUGAAUAUGCUCCCUCAGUCGAUAGACACCAUAGUUAAAGAGCUGAUUUCAGAGAACGCAAAUGAUAUGACGAAGGAGACAACCGAUAACGUCGAACCUGAAAAAGUAUCUGAUUCUGCAACUGUUCCUGCUCCUGCAAAACCUCUAGCUCCUGAACCAGUUAUGAUUGAAGAUACGAAGAUGGACGAAGCUGAUAUGAAAGACACAGUAUCAAUACAGAAAGUUGGAGAGACUGCUGAAUCAGCUACGAAGAAACCUGAAACUUCUGGAGGGGCAGAAAUACCUCUUAUGGCAGAAUGGGAUCCAGAAACACUCUUCCAAAUGCUACCCGAAAUAACUCCCGAACCUACAACUACGAAAAUCGUACCGGAAUCUCCGGCACCUACCGAAAAAGUUGAAGACGUUGACCCCGAAAAAACGAAAACUCGUCCGGAAAUUUCGGAAACCCCCGAGAUGACUGAGAAUUUACUUCCUGUUGAGUUACAGGCACCGGCAACUGUCCAACUGGAUGCUGGAGCAACUAACAAAGUUGAGACCAUAGCUUCUUCCGGUGACGAGAAUAAUGAUUCCGUUACUAAAACACCAAUGGAGACUGGUGUGAAAAGUGAGCCAACGGCAGCUACGGAAAAAAAACCAGAAACUAUGUUGAACGAAUUAGCGGACUCCGUAUCAAGCAUGAUAUCCCAAAUUUCGGAAACCAUGACUUCCAUGGUUCCGAUUCCUGAGAAAUCGGAGAACAAGGACGAACCCGUAAAGCGAGUUGAGGAUGGAUUGAAGGAGGAAGCCACUAUGGUGAAGGUCGAGGUUCCGGAACCGAUGACUACAGUGACGAGUGAGGAAACCAAACCUGCAGUUCUGGAAAUACCAAACAAAGAAGAUAUCGUGAAACCCGAGACAACCGCGGUUGAAAUUAAAAUUGCAACCAUUAAGGAGCCUGGACCAGUCCCGAGUGACGCUACUAACCUUGAGAGUAACCCAUCGAAAACAUCCGAGGUAGCCUCCACCGAACCUGAAGUGAAAAUCGAUUUCCAAAAACCAGAGAUUCCAGUCAAGAACAUGGGUUUACCUGUGAUUGAUGCUGCUACACCUGCUAGCGCUGACGCACCUAAAACGGAAGCCAUUUCUGAAGAUGGUACCAACCCCAAUAAAGCCGAGACUACAUCUGUAGUGGACGAUAAAACAGAUAUAGUAAAAGCUUCUGUAGACGAUCCUGAAUCCAUGCCAAUUAAACCAGAAGCAGGGGAUGUGAUGAGUGCGGAGGCAUUGUCGAAUCCUGUGGAAAAGGCCAAGCCAGAAGUCGUCGUGGGCAAAGUGGAAGUCAUGAUGAAUGAUGGAAGUAAAAAAGAAACUGCACCAGAAUCCAAUGCACCCUCGGACAUAGAGACGCCGAUAGUAAGGAUUGACAUUGAUGAAGCAAAGCCGACAGACUCAUUGAUUAUGGACAGUCCAAGCCCAACCGAGUCACCAUUUGUGAGGAUUCAGAUGAUGAAUCCCAUCGCUACGAUCAAUCAGAUGAUCGACACAGCGCCUGCACAAGAUCCCUCAAUUGUCAAGGUUCAGCCGAUUUCGUUCAACGACAAAGACAUACAGACUUCUCCGCCUCAAAACAUUGGAAGUGAUUUAAUUGCGGGUUCUCAACCAACGAAACCAACCGAAGUAACAACGCCUGAAGAUUUAUACAAACCGAAAGUUGUACCCGUAGUAAAUGAGCUACCUGAAAAUACGGCGUCUGCCGAUCAAGAGGUCACCAAGUCUGAGCUUGAAAUGACUUCCUCUAUCAAUUCGAAACCCACUACGGAAAUUAAACCAAUAACAACCAGUGACUCUGAAGCUGUGCAAGCAGAAGGUCAGCCUCUAGAGGCAAACAAGAAUGAGAAACCUGAAGCGGAAAUACUAAAAACAACUGAGGAAUUGAUGGAAACAAAGCCAGAAAUUCAGGAUACGGAAGAUACUGCAGCUUCCAGCGAAGACGUAACAAAAUUGGAAGCUCCCGUACAAACGGUUGUCAUGAUUGAAUCUUCAGAAAAAACUCCUGAAAAGUUGGUCGAUGAAGAUGUUCCGACUGUUAGCACAGACAUUUCUGCUAUGGUACCACCGGAAGUGAUUAUUUCUACGACCGUCGAGGUGGAGCCAGCUAAAGAUUUGCCUGAAAAGAAACCUGAGUUAAUGAAAGACGAUGCUGCAAAGCCACAGGUGCCUGAAGCGAAACCUGAAAUGAGUGCUGAUUCAAUUGAAACUUCAACUGACGCAUUUAAAACCACAUCUGAAGUUAAAGAAGAUUUUCCUUCAGACAAGACUGAAAGUAAACCGGAAACAGUUGCAGCUUCCGAAACGACGACGAAAACCAUCGACAGUCCUAGUGACUCGAUUCAAGACCCCAUGACCGUUGAGGAGGGUAUGCCUCUUGCUACACAAGUCAGUGCACAAAAACCUGGCGAUAGUUCUGACGUUUCUACGCCGGUAACGAAUGGUGAUAAGAUGCCAGAAAAGACCGAGUCCGAUGGUUUGAUCGAGGAAAUUCAGACGCUGACCACACCAGCAAGCAAAGACGGUAGUCCGUUAGAAGUCGAAGCUUCCGUUGCUGAGACUAUUGAUGUAAAACCAGACUCUGAAAUGUCUGAAGUCAAAGUGACCGAGGAUUUACCCGCUGAAUCUGAAGGUAAUGACGUGGUACAGGAUAUGAAAGAAUUUAGCGAGCCUUUGGCCAACCCUGAGUUGGUUCUAACUCCGGAGCAGAAACCUUCGUCCAAUGAAAUGCAAAAUUCUGAGCCAACUCUGGAGGAAAAACCGUCGUCAAGUGAAUUAGAAAAACCUGUGCUUAUCGCAGCUAUGGAAAAGGAGCCUUCAUCAAACAAAUUAGACGGUUCUGAACAGGUUUUAAUUGUAAAGAAAGAGCCUUCAUCGAAUGAAUCAGAUAAGCCUGAACUGAUUGCACCUGCGGAAAAAACCUCUGUUGUAAGUGAAUCAGGUAAACUUGAGCCAGUAUCUACACUGGACAAGAAACCAUCGUCAGGUGACAAAGAUGUUUCCGAUGAUACAAGCUCUACGCAAGCGAAUAUCGAAAAACUUUCAGUUCCGGUAGUAUCCCCUGAAAAACCCGAUGAGAAACCCGUCGUUACUGAAGCUGCAAAUGAACAGGAGUUUACAAAGCCAACGGAACUCUUAGUUAAAGUUGACGUUACUUCUGAAAAAAUUAAACCUGAAGACCCAACUGAUUCGUCUAUGGCUAUGCCUGCUACCGAGAAGUUAGAGACGGUAUCUGAAAGCGUAAAAAUUGAUGAUAUGAAAACUGUAGAGAAUCCUGAGAAAAUAACUAUGGCUGUAGAAACUCCAGUAGCCGCAAUGAAUUCGCCUGAAAAACCCCAAACCAAUUCCCCGAUGGAAAAUACUGAGAUUCAGCCUGCAGAACCAGAAAGUACAAUUUUGUCGGAUUCGUUGUCCAAGGCUCCAGCAAGCCCUGAAAUUCAGAUGGAUGAGGUUCAGACACCUGCCGCAUCGAAACCUCAAAUACCGAUGGAAGAAGAGGUCAAGAAAACGGCAAACAAAGUUGAAACUAAACUUCCGGAAGUAGCCACAAGUCCAGCAACAAAAGUGAAAACGCCAGAGACAAUGAAACCCGUAUUGAAAAUCGAAACAACUCCUCUAGCUGCACCGGAAAAUAGCCUCAUGAAAACACAGGAGGUUCGUGUUCAAGUAAAUGAGACCGCAGUACGAGUAACAAAACGUCCAGUCCCGCAAGAGGAUUCAAAAGUAUCUGAAAAUGAAAAGGAGAAAGUAAAGCCUACGAGUGCUAUGGACUCGGUGAUUACAACAGUCGAAGUUUCGAGUCAGCCAAUUGAAGCUACAAAGGCACCGAGUGUUGAGAAGCCUGCAUCGGUCACAGAAUCGCAACAAAAACCGCAAGUGAGUAAUGAAAAGAGUCAGGUAACUGACACGGCGACCAGGGAGGACGUGACAGAGAUCAAAGAGAAAGUGAAAGAUUCCGAGUUAGGAUCUGUACAAAAGAAACCAGUAGCAGAUCCUUACCUGAAGCUUGGCGAAGCGCAGAAACAAAAACCUGACAAUAACGCGAAACCAACAAAUUUAGAGAACAAAAAAGCAGAGACCGAGGAGAAAUGGAGUCUGAUACCACAAAGCACACCCUAUCCCAUCCUGAAACAAACCGCAAAACCGAUUAUGGUAGAAGCCACGUCGAACAACAAAAACGACGACGAAUCACAGCAAGUUUCUGUGACACUGGAAGCGCAUCAGAGUGCCGUGAAUCUAGAUGAGAGUACUCGGCAAUUGGACAAAGACAUCGGGAUGUUCUCAGCCCUCUGCAAUGAGCUUGCUUUCAGCUUCUGGACCGCGACUAACAAAGGUCUCAGUACAGCCAGGUCCCUCGCUCUGUCCCCAUUCGGUAUGACGAGCAUGCUCGCCAUGAUGUUCCUUGGAGCCAGAGGCCCAACGUCUGGCCAGAUGAACGACAUCUUGAAACUCGACGACGUGGUGACGUUCAACCCUCAUCUUGUAUUCCAGAACGUAACCGAUAGCGUGAACCUCGCAAGAGGUCAGGGUAUCGCAAAUGCCGCCUUCGUCAGGGAACUCUUCGCGGACAGAACAAAGGCCGGCAAGCUUCUGCCCUUCUACAAAGAACGAGCCCAACAGUUCUACGACGGACACAUCGAAGAAGUGAACUUCGCCGCCAUCAGCGACCUCGUUAGGCGCAGGACGAACCUACUGAUCAGGCGUCAGACUGGAGGACGAAUCCGUGACUUUGUCAAGGGCAACGUCAUGCCCCUCAGGUCUCCGCUCGCUGCCCUCUCUGCCAAUGUCUUCCAGACCGACUGUACUGGCGCCAGUUCCGAAGGCAGAGACGGCGAAAUGUACUUCGCAGUUCUUCCUGCGGUGAGACAGAGGAAGCUCAUUCCGGUUCCCGCGACAGUGUGGAGGUCCGGAGUUCUCGCUGGAUACGAACCAGGACUUGAUGCUACCGUCAUCUCCCUCGGGGGUGUCAGCGACUUGGUCUCCACAAUCUUCCUCCUGCCUGGACAGCAGGGUCUCGCCGCACCCGGCGAUAGUCUCGAUCACCUCGAGCGAAGACUUAUCGAAGGGGCCUUCACACAGGGGACGUGGAAGAGGCUACUCAAGGUCCUCAUACCUAGGAUGGGUCUUGAGGUUCAGGUUCCGAAGUUCAGCCAUCGCUCGAUCGUCAAUGCCACGGCUGCCCUCAAACGCAUGGGACUCGAUGACCUUUUCUCGAUACACGCUGACCUUAAGGGGAUUAACGGGGUUGGGAAUGAUCUCCAUCUUGCUGAUAUGGUUCAAAUCAAUUUGUUCAGCACCUGCGGUGACGAGGCAAUAAACGGUGGUCGUCAUCACAUUGAAAUAUACCCAGCCGGUCCGUUGAGAGGAGCUCGUGGCGAGAAAAACAACGCUGAAAGCAGGCCAGAGGAUGAUGAAGUCGAGCUGGAACCAAACGAGGAUAUACUCGAGCACGAAACGCGAUCCAGGAGAAGCGUGAACGUGGCGGAAUACGUCGAAGAAUUCCACGACACGAAGAAGAGGUCGGUUUCGCAGUCGACGGAGGGAGGAUUAGUAGCAGGCAACGAGAACUCCGAGGAAAGGUCGGAGCGCGCAUCGAGUAAACUGAGAGAACCACUUGGUACCAAGGCGAAACAGGCCAGCAGACCAUUGCUCAAAUUGGACAGACCGUUCUUGUACUUUGUGAGACACAAUCCAACGGGGAUGAUCCUUCACAUGGGACGUUUCAAUCCACGCCUAAUGCCCUAGGAAUAAGGGAAUAUUAAGACGAUUAAGUAUGUUGACGCGGUUUGCAGUGAGGAACGUACAGUUUAAAUUGUAGUACGUUCACCGUCGUUAUUUUAUAUUGUGGAUAUAUAUAGUAUAAACAGGACACGAACGGACAGACGGACGGAAUGAUCCUAGAUUCGAGGUCUGCCUGCAUGAAGGUAAUAAAGCCGAUGCUCACCCUCAGGGCUCGAUUUGCACAACUUGAGAACUUGCAGACUGGACGAAUAAUAAUUUGUAAAUAUAUAUAAAAUUAUUAUAUAUUGUAUGCAGAUAAUCGACUCGGUCAAGAGUUUGCAGGUUAUGGUACUACUAGUUGUAUUUAUUCAUUGGCGCAGAACUAGGGUGGAAUAUCGU